AUGGAUUGGAUGCUCGCAGAUCUUUCUGGCGGCGACUACGCGAACCGCGGUGGAGCGCGGUCCAUGCGCACGGUUCCGCUGCUGUGGUGCCGGCAGCUGUUCGUGAUCCUGUGGAAGAACGUGUACGUGAAACGGCUAUGCCGCCACUACGUGUUCACCGUGAUCGAGGUGGUGUUCAUGGUGGCCAUGCUCCUGGGCAUCCAGGAGGAUUCGGUCGUCAGGGAGCCCCUGGUGCAUCGCGGGGACACCGUGUACAGCCCCAUCGGGUACAGGGCCUUCUGGAACACGCAGCGAGACUUGGCUCGCAUAAACACGGUGUACUUCGCGCCCAGGAGCAACUACCUGUCCGCGCUCACCCGCACCGCCUUCGCUCACCUGGGCGUCCACAGGGUGAUCGAGGUGCCCACCGAACAGCAGUUACUCGAGCGCGUCCGCAUCGACGCCAACAAAUCGCUGCCGGCCACCAGCGUGGCGCUGCUUUACGUUAAUCACCUGGGCGUCAACGACACGGUGCCCGUCAGCCUGCACGUGACCCUGUUCGCGGGACGCCUGCCUUACGACUUGCAGGUGCUGUACCAGCAGAGGCUCAUCUCUCAGCCCGAGGGACCCGUGGCCGAGGAGCGUUUCCCAGAGAUGAACACCCUGCUGCCGGUGAUGGGGGUGCUGCAGCAGCGACACCUUCAGCUCCAGGCAGAGCGUUUCGGCUACCGACACCCGCUGGAAGAGGUGACGCUCAAUCGCUUUCCCUUCCCCUCGCACUUGGAGUACAAGGACACCAAGAACUACGCCCUGGUGCUCACCCGCUUCUGCAUCGGCAUGCUCGUGCCUUUCUCCCUGUUCGUCGCCCGUCUGGCCGACGAGAAGGCGUCCGGCAUGAAGGAGAUGCUCCGGCUCAUGGGCCUCAGUGACUGGGUGUACUGGGUGAGCCACUACCUGAGUGGCUUCUUCAUGCACCUCAUCACCGUCACCCUUAUGAUACUCUUCACAAGCGUCAAGAGGAACGACGAGGGUCGAGCGUUCAUCCAGUUCAGCGACCCGUCUCUGCUCUUCACCAUCCUCUUGUGCUUCUGCAGCAACUGCCAGAUGCACGCCAUACUGAUCUCCAUGUUCUUCGGCAGCUCCCAGUACGCCGUCGCCGGCGCCAUGCUCUACUGGACCUUCAGCUGCGUGAUGCCGUUCCUGACGCUGGAGCAAGCCGACGGCGAGGGCUACUACUACAUCCAGCGCAAUCACAAGCUCUACACGUCCAUAUUUCCCGGGAUGAGUCUACAUUGGAGUUUCCGCGUCUUGGAACGGUUCGAGAAGUUCGUCCCUAACGGAGCGAACUGGAGCAACUUCUAUGACCGCGCCGCCACGCCCGACAACAUAACGCUGGCCGAAAUCCUAUUCGUGGGCCUGCUCUGCGACUGCACCAUCGUAGUCCUGGUGUGGUACCUGGACAACGUGCUGCCUGUUGGACCGGGGAUCACCAAGCCGUUACUUUUUCCGUUCCAACGGAGCUACUGGCUUCCACGCCUCGCGUUCGUCGAAACCACGCUGAAGCACGCUAAAGACGCGCAAAACUUCGAGGACGAGCCCAAGGACCAACUGGCCGCCGUGGUGGUUGCCAAUGUCAGCAAGGACUACGAUGGAGUGAUUGCCGUUCAAGGCGUCAGUCUGCGCAUUUUCGAGAACCAGAUCACUGUGCUUCUCGGCCACAAUGGUGCAGGGAAGACGACGCUGCUAAACAUGAUUACAGGUUUCUUGGGCUGCUCGUCGGGCGACGUGCGCGUGGGUGGAUACGACGUCAAGACGUCCACCAGGGACGCGCGUGACAGCAUCGGUUAUUGCACUCAGAACAACAUUCUCAUCGAGGACCUGACUGUCGAAGAGCACCUCAUGUAUUUCGCCAUCAUCAAAGGCAUCCCACUGGAGAGGACGCGCAUCGAAACGGUCACCCUCCUGUACGACGUCGGGCUCAUGGAAUACCGCACGGUGCUCGCCUCACAGCUCGCGCCGGGGCUACAGCGACGGCUCUGCACUGCAAUGGCCAUCCUAGCCAUGCCCAAGGUGAUCAUCAUGGACGAGCCGACGUCGAACAUGGACCCGGAAGGUCGCCGCGAGAUGUGGGAGUUGCUGCUCAAGAUUCGACGCAGAUGCUCCAUCUUCCUCACUACACAGCACCUGGACGAAGCUGAUGUGCUCGGAGACCGCAUCGUCAUCAUGGCCAACGGACAGAUCAGGUGUGGUGGCUCACCGGCAUUCCUGAAGCAGCGCUUCGGUACCGGGUACCACAUGAAGGUUCACAAGCGCCGUAGUUGCAACGUGAUGGCUGUUCUGAAUCUGCUGCGCGAUUACGCGCCGAAAGCCCGCCUGCAGAGCAACUCGGACAACGAGGCAGUUUUCAUCUUAGGACAAAUUAUCACUACCCGCAAGACCGUCGCCAUGUUCAUGGACAUCGAGCAGCGCAGCGCUGAUCUGGGAAUCGUGUCGGUGGGCCUGACCGUGACCUCCCUGGAGGACGUACUGGUGAGAGUGGGCGAAGACCAGCACGUCCACGGCAAGCUUACGCCACUCGACAACGAGGAGCUUCCCGCAAUCGAUGCCAAGACCUGA